CUUGCUCUGCUCUGAGCACGAGUAACGGAAGAAAGCAAGAGGCCAACCAAAGUAGAGCAGCCCCAGCCACCAGCACCACAACUUGUUCCUUCCUUCGCCGCCCUCCGCCUCUCCCCUCCCCCCUCCUUUUCGCCGGACCCAGCGGCGCUCCGGAACCCUCCCGCGACGGGGCCGCCGCUUCGAGGUUCUUUCAUUAAUGGUUAAGAGAGUUUGAGUUGGCUAUUGUUAAUUGGAAUGAUAGUGUUCGCCAGUUGGAGAUCGCUUGUGUUACACACCAGUGCUCUUGAUAUCUUGGAAUUUGGGGUAGAUGUCAUUCCGUAGUAUUGUCCGUGAUGUAAGGGAUGGAUUUGGGAGCUUAUCUCGGAGAGGAUUUGAGAACAGGCUUCUGGGCCAUCGCGGAGGUAAAUCUCAUGGUGCUGUCCAUGAAUUGCAUGACCCAGUUCUAGUUCCUGUAGUCCAGAGCAGCUGCUGGGCUAACUUGCCUCCUGAAUUGCUUCGAGAUGUGAUUGAGAGGUUGGAGACUAGUGAGGCUACAUGGCCUUGUAGGAAGAAUGUUGUUGCUUGUGCAGGCGUCUGCAGAACAUGGAGAGAGAUGUGUAAAGAUAUUGUACAAAAACCAGAGUUUUGUGGAAAGAUCACUUUUCUUGACUCCCUCAAGCAGCCUGGCCCUCGGAAUGGAAUUAUGCAGUGCUUUAUUAAGAGGGAUAGAUCUACCCAAAUCUACUACCUGUACCUCAGUCUUACCUCAGCUGUGCUUGUAGAAAAUGGCAAAUUCCUUCUAUCAGCAAAAAGGAUUGUCCAUGCAACAUGUACAGAAUAUAUAAUUUCUAUGAACGCUGACAAUAUAUCUAGGUCUAGUAACACAUACAUUGGGAAAAUGAGGUCAAAUUUCCUUGGCACCAAGUUUGUAAUGUAUGACACCCAGCCUCCAUACAAUGCAAGUGGUGUUUCACAGUCAGGGAAAGCAAGCCGCAGAUUCUACUCCAAGAAGGGGUCGGCUAAGGUUCCUUGCAGCACAUACAGCAUAGCCCAGGUCUCCUAUGAGCUGAAUGUUUUGGGAACCCGAGGUCCUAGGCGGAUGCACUGUGUAAUGCAGUCCAUCCCUGCCUCAUCCAUUGAGGCUGGUGGAAGUGUCCCUUGCCAACCGGACCUCACACAUUCCCGCUCCCUAGACGAAUCUUUCAGUGGCAUGUCGAUCUCAAAAUCGUCCAUUGCGGAGCAUUCUGUGCGUUUCAGCAGUGCCCGGUUCUCUGACAUCUUAAGUGGAGUUGGCUCAGGGAUCAGAGGGCAGACAUUGAGUGACGAUGAUGAGAGCACGGACAAGCCUUUGAUCCUCCACAAUAAGGCUCCAAGAUGGCAUGAGCAGCUGCAGUGCUGGUGCCUCAACUUCCGCGGCCGGGUGACUGUCGCUUCUGUGAAGAACUUCCAGCUCACUGCUGCCGCACCACCUGCUGCUGGAGCCCCAACUCCGCCACACCCUGCUCCAACACCUCCACCGGAGCACGAUAAGGUGAUACUGCAGUUUGGCAAGGUUGCGAAGGAUAUGUUCACCAUGGACUUCCGCUACCCGCUCUCGGCCUUCCAGGCCUUUGCCCUCUCCCUGAGCAGCUUCGACACCAAGUUGGCUUGUGAAUAAAGUCACUUUAUUGGAGUAGCCGACCAUCAAAAGGCUGGUGCUCCUAAAUGAUGGCCAUCCCCAAAAUAGUUUGGGAUGCCAUUUUGUGUUGUUGUAUGUUGUUGAAGUUAUUGUGGCUCAGGAAGACACCUGGAAGCAAAUGAAAGUGCUGUUUAGCAUGUAGUAGAACCGUGGCUGCUGAUUUGUUACUGUACCUUUUAUCCCAAUUUCUUGGAUCAGUAGCUUGCUCGCGCUUUGGCGAGGGCUGUAUGGGAUGAUUUAUACAAUCGUGAACUUUCAUGUGAUUGGUCAACACCGUUGAUGUAUUUAUCUACUGAGUGAAUU